AUGUCCAACAAGAUUACUGAAAUCCGUGCAGGAAUGACGUGUUCUGGUUGCUCUGGAGCUAUCACUCGCAUCCUCUCCAAGACGAACGGCGUUGAAAGCAUUGAAUGUGAUGUUGACAAGAAGCAAGUACUGGUCCAUCACAGUGAUGCUGUCACCGCAGAUCAACUCGUGGAGAAACUUAAAAACUGGCUGUGGUACAUGAGCGUAUGUGCCGGGUCCACUACUCUACCAUGGCCAGCUAAAUCCCACACACUUCCUCCUACUGCUGAGGCCUGGCUGGGUAUGGAUACACUACAAAAGGAGUUCAAGCGGCAGAUUGAAGGAGUUUGGAGCACCAUUGGUCUCAGUGAUGAGGAGCGGAACAAGAGAAUGUCGACUCUUGGAGAGUACUUCAGAGAGGUCUACGGCAAUGUUGUUAAGAAGGAGAAGGAGUGCCUGGAUGCUCUCGAGAGGAGUGUUGAAGAUAUGCGCAAGGAAAUAACGGUGUAUGUGAAAAUAAGGAAUGUAAAUGUCGUUAUUUAUAAGAAGCCAAUUGAGUGGUUCGCCUCUAUGGUUCGCAAUCGGGCUAGAUGUGUAUCUUUUAUCAUCGACCUCGAAGUAUCUUAUCUCAGUCCUUAUCAUUGGAGCUCGAGGAAGAGGUCUGUGUCGCGAACAGAAGUUGAAGCGAUGGGAGAAAUGCACAAGGAAACUAUGGAGUUCGCAGAGGAAAGGCUUGCCUUAGUUCAUGAAACGGUUGAGGAGCUGCAGCAGUUGGUGGAGGAAGCCUUUGGGGGGGAGUGGCCUUUGAUAGUAAAGAGGGAGGGAGAGGAAAAGUUGAAAUGUGAUCCUUGUGUGCCUGAGGGGUUGGCUGAUAGCCAUGCUUCAUUGAGUGCUGCAUUAGUGGAUAUGGAGGCUGCAGGGGCUCCUGAGCUGAGGUGCCUGAAGGACGUGGCAACGUGUAAGGUGGUGAGAGUAGAGUUCAAGUCAUAUGUGGAGGAGUUGUUGAAGUAUUGCAACGAAGCAGCGGAUGCACGCACGGAGGAAGCGGCGAGAGUGUACCGGAAGAUCCGACGUCUCCUGCGAGAGUUGGAAGUGUCCGGGGGUGAAGUCGGUCUCCCGGGGGAGGAGGAUGAUAUUACUUUGGAUAGUGAAGGCCUAGGCAAGCUGCAUGCAAUACUAGCCUCGCUUAUAGAGACUCGCCAUGAUCGAUUAUUGGAGCUCAUUGAUAGUAAGAGGACGCAGAUUAGGGAAGCGGUGGAGGAGAUGAGGAUGUCACGAGUCGAACGGAAGUCACUUCGGUUGGAUGCCCUCAUGACGUUGGAGAUUGGUGGUCUGACCAACGAAGAGGUGGAGCUCCACGGCACUGUGUGUGAGUUGUUAACGGAGCUACCGAUGGUCCAACAGAAGCUGCGUAACAGGCUGCGGGAUUUCGAGGAGACGUUUGAGAUCCCCCUAUUGAUGAACGGCUCUACAUCAGAGGAGUUGGAGCGGGUCGGCCGUGGAGGCGCGUUGGACUAUGCGGUCUCGGUGGCGGUGGAGCUUGCUAUUUCCCGAGGUCAAUUCCCGACAUCUUCAGAGGCACACAAGGAGAGUCGAAGGAUUAUUGAUGAGGCUAGGGUUGGGGAGUUUGAUGAUGCUGAGAUUGAAAACGAGGCUCCGCCAGAGUCGUUCCUCCGCCUCGAGACGACCCCGUUAUCGUCUAGGAGCCCUGAUUCCCAGGGUCAGUGGGGAGAGAUCCUCAGCCCCUCCAAAGUGAUCACUCCACUGUAUGGUGGUCAUAGCAAUACGGGGCCAACACCGGGGGGACCGGGCAUCUCACUCCUGGACGCAUCGUCCUUGGGGGACUUUAGCUCACCCACAGUGGAAGAGAUGAAGAGCUCGUCGCGGAGAACAUAUACGGCAUCGGAUUUCAGAGAAGAUUCUGGGUCGUCUGAGGAUGUCACCUUUCACUCCCCGAUGGACUACUCCCGCUCGCCAGGGCUUCAACAACAAGGCGGCCCGGCUAGGUUGUCGCUACGGGAGCAGCGGGAACGGUUGAAGGCAUCGAAAAGCACUAGAGGGUUGGAUGAGGCGGCAACGGUACUCUCACGUUUGAUACCCCAGGCUGAGGGCAAUAUCGGACCCACUACGCCUGAGAUGGAGAUGCAGGCGGCAGCGGUCGAACGACGGAGCCGCAUCAAGCCGACGAUACUGCCCGGGAUGGACCGUCCUCGGCGACGAAAGGCGGGAGUGCGGACGUUUGUCGAAGAUAAACUCCUCUGUAAUGAAACUGUACGGAGGUUUUUGCCGAAAGGAGUUCGAAAGGAAGCAUGGCAGAGUUAUUAUGAUCACGUACAAGAUGAAGAUGCUGAUCUGAGCGUGGCCCCAACGACAGCGCCUGAAUUGGCACCAGCCACUGGUAGCAUUUCCAUUGACUCGACGGCUAACAGUGCGAUGGAGGAGGACGAGGCGGCUGCAGUGGCUUCCAACAGGAAGGUGUGA